GACAGUGAAGGAGAAGCGCCGCAGCGUUUGAAGCGUAGAGAGAGAAACGCGAUCAUGGCUGAGACUAACCCCGAGUUCGAGAGCGAAAUUAAACAAGAGGAAUCUCCCGGUGCUUCUCCGAACAUCGAGGGAGAUGAAGAUGCGCCGUCUGAGAACACUAACGGCGUUAAAAAUGAGGAUGAGGAGGAGACUUCCAAGGAGAAAUCGGAGGGGAAGGAGAAGUCUUCCAGUGGCCGAAAGUCUAACCGCUACCACCCGUACAAGGACCGUCAUGGGGGAUCCGGAGACAAGAAGUCCGGCCACCGAAACCGCGUGUUCAUUAGCAAUAUCCCUUAUGAUAUGAAGUGGCAGGCAAUUAAAGAUCUAAUGCGAGAGAAAGUCGGUGAGGUUACAUACGUGGAGCUCUUUAAGGAUGCUGAAGGAAAGUCAAGGGGAUGUGGGGUGGUUGAAUUCAAAGAUGAGGAGUUUGUGAAGAAAGCUUUGGAGGUCAUGAAUAAACAUGAUCUUAAUGGCCGGCCUCUGAACAUUAAAGAGGACCCUGAUGGAGAGCAUGCACGGCGGGUGCUGCAGCGCUCUGGGUUCUCUGGGGGCAGGGGGUCCGAUGGGGGUCCAGCAGGAAUGAAUUUGCCCCCCUCCAUCCUCAACAACCCCAACAUCCCUCCAGAAAUAAUCAGUGCACUUCAGGCGGGACGCCUUGGGUCCACGGUGUUUGUGGCCAACCUGGAUUUUAAGGUGGGCUGGAAGAAGCUGAAGGAAGUGUUCAGCAUGGCCGGCACAGUGAAGAGGGCGGAUGUGAAGGAGGAUAAAGACGGGAAGAGCAGAGGAAUGGGCAUCGUCACCUUUGAGCAGCCGCUGGAGGCUGUGCAGGCCAUCUCCAUGUUUAACGGUCAGAUGCUGUUUGACAGACAAAUGCAUGUGAAAAUGGAUGAGAAGUCUCUUCCUCCGGAUGACUUCCGUUCGGCCGAUAAAGCGCCUCAGUUGCCUCGUGGUCUUGGGGGUAUCGGGAUGGGUUUGGGUCCUGGUGGUCAGCCAAUCAACACCAACCGUCUGAGCGGAGGAGGAGGAGGAGGAGGAGGAGGAAUGAGCUCAAUGGGAGGAAUGGAUGGAGGUAGUUAUGGAGGCAUGAACAGGAUGGGAGGAAUGGGUGGAGGAGGGUUUGGUGGGAUGGAUGGAGUGGGUGCUAUGGGUGGAUUCGGAGGCAGAGACAUGGCACCCAUGGGCAGGAUGGGAGAUAUGUAUCGUGCUGGUAUGGGUGGAAUGGACCGUGACUUUGGCCGCAGUGAUAUGGGGAUGAACCGGCCUUUUGGAGACUCGUUUGGAGGUCUAGGAGGUGGAAUGGGGGGUUAUGGAGGAGGAAUGGGAAAUGCUGGGAUGGGACCUAUGGGAGCAGGAAUAGGAGGGAUGGGUAAUAUGGGCAUGGACCGCAUGAGCGGGGGUUUCGACCGGAUGGGCGGGAACAUGGAUAUGAGCCGAGGUUUCGGCCAAUACGGAGGCGGCUCUGGUCACAUGGGCGGCGGCAUGUCGGACAGAGGGGUGGGGUCAAAGGCAGGGUGCCAAAUCUUUGUGAGAAACCUGUCCUAUGAUCUCACGUGGCAGAAGCUGAAGGAGAAGUUCAGCCACUGUGGUCAGGUGAUGUACGCGGAGAUAAAGAUGGAGAACGGGAAGUCCAAAGGCUGCGGGACGGUGCGGUUCGACUCUCCGGAGAGCGCCGAGAAAGCCUGCAGGCUGAUGAACGGAACCAAGAUAAACGGCAGGGAGGUGGACGUACGCCUCGACCGCAACGUGUAAACAGAUAAAUAAACACUCUGUCACAACACCCCUCUCCAUCAGGUUGUCCCCGAACUGUCCCCAAACUGUCCCUUUCAGACCAUUGUUUUGUUUUAAAAACACUUUUCUAAACUUUUGGACUGCAUCUCUCAUACAUUCAUACACAAACACAGUAAGAUUAUCAUAAUCAGCCUCGUAGUGGAUGUGCAUAAUGUUUUGUUUAUAUACUGUGACUACUUUUUGUUUUCUUUCUCUUUUUUUGUAAACCCUUUUUAAUUUGUGGAUCACCAGUAUAUUUGGAUGAAAAACAAUAAACUUUUUAAUUUUUAAGCUC